UUGAUAAAAAUCAAUGGAGAGCAGAAACAGUUUUGUUGGAGCUACACAGAACGCCACACUUCGUCUUUUAGUCGCAGUUAUGAGCUGUUACUUCUGCUCUCAAAUCGCCCUUGCUGUUAACAGAACUUCGAAGCCUAUUGUUCCUGCUGUUAUUUUGUUUGGUGACUCCAUUGUUGAUCCUGGAAAUAACAAUGCGAUAAAAACAAUUGCGAAGUGUAAUUUUCCUCCAUAUGGGAAGGACUUCAUCGGCCAUGUAGCCACAGGCAGAUUCUGCAAUGGCAGGAUACCUGGUGACCUUAUAGCCUCAACUUUGGGUGUAAAGGAAAUAGUACCAGCUUAUGUUGGCCAAAAUCUAGGAGCAGAGGACCUACUCACUGGAGUCAGCUUCGCUUCCGGAGCCACUGGAUACGAUCCCUUGACCCCCAUUUAUUCAUCGGCGAUAUCAAUGCCGGAUCAGCUAAAACUAUUCGCAGAAUACAAGGGAAAGCUGAAGAACAUCGCGGGAGAGGAGAGGGCGGAUGAUAUAAUAAAAGAGAGUCUGUACGUGGUGUGCUCCGGUUCCAAUGAUCUAGCCAACACCUAUUUUAUCACCCCCUUCCGCCAGCCCCAUUACGACAUUCCUUCCUACGUCAACCUGCUUGUCAGCUACUCUUCCCAGUUCAUCCAGAACUUAUAUCAGAUGGGAGCACGUAAAAUAGGAUUUGUUGGGCUCCCCCCUGUGGGCUGCCUACCAUCACAAAGAACUCUAGCAGGAGGACUGUUAAGAGGAUGUGUUCCAGUUCGGAAUGAGGCAGCAGAGCUUUAUAAUUCAAAAAUUAAUGCAGAGCUCGAAAGGCUAAGCACGACAUUCGAAGGCACAAAACUGGUCUAUCUGGAUAUCUACACCAUAAUACUUGACUUUGUUCAGAGACCCUCUGUUUAUGGAUUUGAGGUCUCAAAUAAAGGAUGUUGUGGAACAGGCGAAAUAGAGGCUUCGAUACUGUGCAAUCCAAAGUCACCUACUUGCCUAGAUGAUACCAAAUAUGUAUUUUGGGAUAGCUAUCACCCCACCGAAAGAGCUUAUAAAAUCAUCGUAGAUUAUCUUUUUCAAAGGUACCUUAAAUAUUUGCUCUAAAAAGUAUUCAUAUUUGUACAACAUAAAUAUUAUUUUUACGACGGAAAAAAGGAGGAUUGUAUUAUCUAACCUGUAACCCGGAGCUACCAAACGCCAUCAAUCUCAUUUCUCAUUUGAUUGCCAAC